UGGGGUUAAAAACCCUUUCCCCGCGUGGAACCCUGCCCUGCACCAUGCGGGGCAUCGUCCACUACCACGAAUUUAUCAUUUUGCCCUUCCUCUUCCACGACUUCACCCUCCACUUUCUCUUUCCCCGUUUUGCCCUCUCUAGACCUCCUCCACUUCAUCCGAAACAGCCACAGCGAGACCGAGACGGCCCACACCACCACUGAAACGCCAAAGAUAAUCCCUACGGCCACCGAGCCCACUUUCUGCCUCCCUUUCUCUCCACCUCCAUUUGGGAAGCUAGGGAUGUGAUUAGUUUUUUCUGGGUUCUGUGGGUCCUCAGCGCUUCUGAAAGCAUGAGGAUUUUAAGCUUCGUAUAGUGUUCCGACUGUCUAAAAAUCCAAUCAUUUAUACGGCAACCAUUUAUUCUGCUCCUAAAUAUGCUCCGGAAAAUCAAUUGCUUUUUCCAUUUUCCCAACUGAAUCCCAAGCAUGUAUCGUUUUCUUCCAGCUCUAACCCAUGUACCUGCCCACUUCCCCUUCCCGCCGAGUUCACCAUAUUUAAAAUCCCUCUGUUCUAACGGUCAACUAGGAGAAGCCCUGCUAGAGAUGGCCUUUCAAGGCCCUGCGAUGAAGUUCGAAGGCUACGACGCGCUCUUAAAUGAGUGCGUGAACCAAAGGGCCAUCAGAGAAGGCCAAAGAGUCCACGCCCACAUGAUCAAAACCCGCUAUCUCCCUCCCGUUUACCUGUGGACCAGGCUGAUUGUCCUAUACACCAAGUGUGACUCAUUGUGUGAUGCGCGGAGAGUACUCGAUGAAAUGCCUGAACGGAACGUCGUAUCAUGGACGGCCAUGAUUACGGCAUAUUGUCGGAAGGGGUAUGCUUCUGAAGCCUUGAAUCUCUUUAUACAGAUGUUGAGAUCAGGUACGGAGCCUAAUGAGUUCACCUUCGCUACAGUACUUACUUCUUGUAUAGGUCCCAAUGGGAUUAACCUGGGAAGGCAAGUCCACUCUUUUAUAAUCAAAACAAGUUUUGAAUCCCAUGUAUAUGUUGGAAGCUCACUUCUAGACAUGUAUGCCAAAGCUGGUAGAAUUCACGAAGCUCGAGGGGUUUUUGAAUGCUUGCCAGAAAGAGAUGUUGUCUCAUGUACUGCCAUAAUCUCAGGCUAUGCCCAACUUGGCCUUGAUGAAGAGGCACUGGCACUAUUCCGUAGGUUGCAGAUGGAAGGAAUGUGUUCAAAUUAUGUCACUUAUGCCAGUCUUUUAACUGCGCUAUCUGGGCUUGCUGCAUUAGAUCAUGGAAAGCAAGUUCACAACCAUGUCAUCCGUUCUCAACUACCCUCAUAUGUGGUUCUUCAGAACUCUCUUAUUGAUAUGUACUCAAAGUGUGGAAGCCUUACCUACUCAAGAAGGAUCUUUGAUAGUAUGCCUGAGAGAACUGUCAUAUCAUGGAAUGCAAUAUUUGUGGCGUAUAGCAAGCAUGGGAAGGGAAAUGAGGUGGUAGAACUUUUCAAAUUGAUGAGAGAAGAAAAUAAAGUCCAACCUGACAAUAUCACUAUUUUGGCUGUUUUAUCAGGUUGUAGCCAUGGAGGGUUGGAAGAGAAGGGGCUGGAAAUUUUCUGUGAGUUGGAAAAUGGGAGAUUUGGGGUUGAGCCAGAGAUUGAGCAUUAUGGGUGUGUUGUUGAUUUGCUUGGGCGUGCUGGACGAGUAUCAGAGGCUCUUGAUUUUACCAAAAAGAUGCCCUUUGAGCCAACUGCUGCUAUAUGGGGUUCACUUUUAGGUGCUUGUAGGGUUCACUUGAAUGUUGAGAUCGGUGAUUCAGUGGGUCGUCGGCUUUUAGAAAUGGAGCCUGAUAAUGCUGGGAAUUAUGUCAUUCUUUCCAAUUUAUAUGCUUAUGCAGGGAGAUGGGAGGCUGUAAGAGCUUUAAGGGAGUUGAUGAAGGAAAAGGCUGUGAUAAAGGAGCCAGGAAGAAGCUGGAUUGAGCUUGGUCAAAUUCUUCAUACUUUUCAUGCAAGUGAUCGUUCCCAUCCCAGAAGGGAAGAGGUGUCUGCCAAGGUGAUGGAGUUAUCAGUCGAAUUUAAGGAAGCCGGUUAUGUCCCUGAUUUGAGUUGUGUUUUAUAUGAUGUUGACGAGGAGCAGAAGGAGAAGAUACUCCUAGGCCACAGUGAAAAACUGGCUCUGGCUUUUGGGCUAAUUGCUACCCCUAAAGGAGUGCCCCUUCGUGUCAUUAAAAACCUUAGGAUUUGUGUUGAUUGCCAUAAUUUUGCAAAAUUUGUCUCAAAGGUAAAGGGGAGGGAAGUGUCUCUCAGGGAUAAAAACCGGUUUCAUCAAAUUGUUGGAGGGAUCUGUUCUUGUGGAGAAUACUGGUGACUCGUGGAUUUUUAUGAGAAAUAAUCUAACGGAAAAA